GCCGGCCCCGCUCCCGGGACAGGGACCGGGCCGAGCGGAGCGGAGCCGCUGCGCCAGUGCUGCCCCGCCAGUCCUGGCGCCUAGCGGAUCGGAGCUGCGCGCGGAUCUACCUCGCCCCGCCCCGCUCCACCCGCGAGGGUGGCCCGAGGCAGCCAGGAUGACGCUUCUCCCCAGGAACCCUGCUAUCUGCUGAGAAACAUGACCAGCAAAUCCCGCUGGAAGUUCCUGGCCAUGCUGGCUCUAGUCCUUGUUGUCAUCAUGGUGUGGUAUUCCAUCUCCCGAGAAGAUAGGUACUUUGAACUCUUUUAUUUUCCCAUCUCAGAGAAGAAAGAACCAUGCUUCCAGGGUGAGGCAGAGAGGCAGGCCUCUAAGAUUUUUGGCAACCAUUCUCGAGAACAGCCCAUCUUCCUGCAGCUUAAGGAUUAUUUCUGGGUAAAGACACCAUCUGCCUAUGAGUUGCCUUUUGGGACCAAAGGAAGUGAAGACCUUCUUCUCCGGGUGUUGGCCAUCACUAGCUAUUCUAUACCAGAGAGCAUACAGAGCCUCGAUUGUCGGCGCUGUGUUGUGGUGGGGAAUGGGCACCGGUUGCGGAACAGCUCACUGGGAGGUGUCAUCAACAAGUAUGACGUGGUCAUCAGAUUGAACAAUGCUCCUGUGUCUGGCUAUGAGGGAGACGUGGGCUCCAAGACCACCAUACGUCUCUUCUACCCUGAGUCAGCCCACUUCGACCCCAAAAUAGAAAACAACCCAGACACGCUCUUAGUCCUGGUAGCUUUCAAGGCAAUGGACUUCCACUGGAUUGAAACUAUCUUGAGUGAUAAGAAGCGGGUGCGAAAAGGUUUCUGGAAACAGCCUCCCCUCAUCUGGGAUGUCAACCCCAAACAGAUUCGGAUUCUUAAUCCCUUCUUUAUGGAGAUUGCAGCUGACAAGCUCCUGAGCCUGCCCAUACAACAGCCACGAAAGAUCAAGCAGAAGCCAACCACGGGUCUGCUAGCCAUCACCUUGGCCCUUCACCUCUGCGACUUAGUGCAUAUUGCUGGCUUCGGCUACCCAGAUGCCUACAACAAGAAGCAGACCAUCCACUACUAUGAGCAGAUCACGCUCAAGUCGAUGGCGGGGUCAGGCCACAAUGUCUCUCAAGAAGCCCUAGCCAUCAAGCGGAUGCUAGAGAUGGGAGCGGUCAAGAAUCUUACGUACUUCUGACUCGGAUGAACACUUCGCUUGCCUACUUUGCCACCUGAGUGGCCUGACUUUGGGGUGCCUGGUGCCAGUAAAACCCCAUUGAGCUCACCCUCCGUGGGGAGGGUGUUCUGGGACUGGCUAGGUCUCAGGAGAGGCUAUGCCCCUGGCUGCUUUGGUGAAGUCUAAAUCCAGACAGGGUGGAUACACCGAGGCUACAGGAGCCCGGCCAAGGCAGUGGGGCUUGCUGCUGUGGCGUCUCCUUUCUGCCAGCACAAAGAGGUUUUUUUGUUUUGUUCUUGUUUUGGGUUGUUUAGUUUUUUUUUUUUUUUAAUUUUUGUUUGUUUUUUUUUCUGUUUUGUUUUGUUUUGUUUUUGAGACAGAAUCUGACUGUAUAGCCCUGGCUUAUCUGGAACUCACUAUGUAGACCAGGCUGGCCUUGAACUCACAGAGAUCCAACUGCCUCUUCCUCCCGAGUGCUUGGAUUAAAGGCAUGCACUAUGCCUGGCCUCAGCACCAAGAGAUUAUUUAACAUGAUAUUUAAUUAAGGGGUAAUAAAAUGCAAUGGGCUGGUCCCAUGGCAUUCACAAAAGGGGCACAACACAAUGUUCUGCCCACUUUUUAAUAAAAUUUACAUUUGUUUGGCCUGUUAUGGCCUAAUCCUAGAGCUGGCCUCCCAGGAGGAUGGAGGCAUCAAGAGUGGGAGGGUGUCCUCCAGAGUGGAGUUGCUUUCUCCCAGCAGGCAUGGGAAGAGCAUUGACAAGGGGGUUCCACCUAGGAGGGGCCUCACCUGGAAAAGAGGUUGCAAAAGACAAUUAAAAUAUUUUUUUUUCCUAAAA